AUGGACGGCGAGGAGCUCAGGCUGCUGGUGCUGAACAAGUGGGGCAAGAUGUACGACACCCGCAUACACCAGCGGCGGGAUCAGUUCAACAAGCUGCAGCUCUACCUACAGAUAAUGUGGAAGCACGUGGGGCAGAAGUCGUUCCCGCUCACAGAGGCGGCGUACAUGGAGCAGCUAGACGCGGUGGCCGAGCUUCUGACCGAGUGGGGCGCGCAGGACGUCGUGCGGAGGAAGAUCCCGGAGUCCACCAAGUUCCCAAAGCUGGACACGACGGGCGCGAACGCGGUUAUGAUUCCCCUGGACAUCGAGGUCGAGUGA